UGUCACUGUCGGAUAUGGAGAUUGUUUGAAACCUCAUUAGUCAGUAACUGGCACACGUUAUGUUCCUUGCCUGUUCAGAAGCACCCCACUUUCCUCAUAAAGCCCAGCUCCGGGUUGGGAGAAGCACGUUCAGGUGAUCCACUGUGCCCAGGAACCUUCCUUUAGUUGUUUGACUGCAGUAGACAUGAUUUGGGGUUAAUGAUGGUCCAUCAAAUCCUCUUUGGGAACAGCAUGGAGGUUGCCAUUUUGGACUGUUGAUAAGGACAUGGGACUCACUUUGUCAUUGAUCAGUCGUGUUGAUUUCAACAGUGAACAGCAUCAAAUAGAAAGCAUUGACACACCAACGCAGAAACCGUGUACUGAAGGUCACUGCAUCUUCUACUUGUGUAAUCCUUUGCUGUGAGAAUGUCUGAGAAAGGUACAGUGAACCAAGAGACAGUGGAGGAAGCUGCAAAUGAGCAACAGAUUGAGAUUCCUCUACCCUCCCCAGAGACAUGUAUCAUUCGAACUGAAAGCUUGGAGGUAGAAGAGAAAGAGAAAGAAAAAGAGGAUAAAGCAAAUGAUACAAAGGCUGACCAUCAGAAACGACCAGUAAACCAGGGGCAGCCGAGGAAAAGAGCAAAGUCAGGAGCCAAAGGUAAACUGGUGAGAAGUCUUGCUGUUUGUGAAGAGUCUAAUCUGUCUCUACCAACGGAACCCACUCCAGAGGAUCAGGAUUCAGUACAGCUGCAGUUCACCAGCUCUUCAAGUUUUCAAGAUGAUGAUAAAACUAAUAAGGAGGAAUUGGAGAAAGAAAAGGACAAGGAUAAAAACAGAGAAAAAGAGAAAACUAAUGAGAAACCUAAAAUAAGAAUGUUGUCAAAAGAUUGCAGUCAAGAAUAUACAGACUCCACAGGGAUAGAUUUGCAUGAAUUUCUUAUUAAUACAUUAAAGAAUAAUCCCAGGGACAGAAUGAUGCUGUUAAAAAUGGAACAGGAACUAAUAGAUUUUAUCAAUGAUAACAACAAUCACUAUAAGAAAUUCCCUCCAAUGUCAUCAUAUCAUCGGAUGUUGGUGCACAGGGUAGCAGCUUAUUUUGGAAUGGAUCAUAAUGUAGAUCAAACAGGAAAAUCUGUUAUAAUCAAUAAAACUAGCAAUACUAGAAUACCAGAACAAAGGUUCUGCGAGCAUAUAAAAGAUGAGAAGAACGACGACUCCCAGAAAAGAUUUAUUUUAAAAAGAGAUAAUUCUAGUAUGGAUAAAGACGACAAUCAGGAAAUGUUUAUCUUGCAGCAAAAUAGGAUUCAUCCAUUUAGAGAUGAUAGAAGAAGUAAAUCAAUUGAGGAGAGAGAAGAGGAAUAUCAACGAGUAAGAGAGAGAAUUUUUGCACAAGAUUCCACAUGUUCCCAGGACAGCCUGUAUGUGGAAAACAGCUGCAUUCUAGAGGAUAUCAGUACAUUCAAUGACACACAGAAGAAGAGGCAGCUAUUUAGGAGUAAUAGAGAUGUAACAGGAAAAACAUCAGGUAGUCGGCAGAGCAGUACAGAGUUGGAUGUGAAGUGGACAGAUCAGCGACCCUGGAGCAGUACUGACUCAGACAGCUCAAAUCGAAACUUGAAGCCUCCUGUGACAAAGACAGCAAGUAUCGGUGGCAUAACUGUAUUAACACGUGGCGACAGCACAAACAGCAACAGGAGUACAGGCAAACUCUCUAAAACAGGUUCAGAGUCUUCCAGUAGCGCAGGCUCCUCAGGUUCAUUGUCACGGAACCAUCAGCCACUACAGAGUGCAAAUGUUGUCCCGGCAUCAGUCAGCUCUACGUGCUCAGUCUCUUACCCAGAUGGUGGAAUGGGUGGACAGGUGGCACCUACCAACACCAGCUACAUUUUGCUUCCUUUGGAAGCUACAGGUAUACCACCUGGCAGUAUUCUGUUAAACCCACACACAGGUCAACCCUUUGUGAAUCCUGAUGGCACACCCGCAAUUUACAAUCCUCCUGGUGGCCCACAAUCAAUUCGAAAUCAGCUUCCUGGCCAGGCCCAACAGCAGCCUGCUUCACAGCCACAGCAGCAGCAGCAACAGCAGCAGCAACAGCAGCAGCAGAUGCCCAGUCACCUGGUUCCACAGCGAGAAGACUUGGCUUCCCAGUUUAAUCAGAUGAGCUUAAGUCGACAGUCAUCAGGAGAUACACCUGAGCAACCUUCUGGUUCUGUCUAUCCAUCACCAAUCUUGCCUCAGCCACCCCAACAAACUAGCUACAUCAUGGCAUCACCAAGCCAACAGCUUCCUCCAGGAAGUUUUACUGGAUCUGGACAGCCCAUAUCUCAGCAAGUGCUACAGCCGCCACAAGGAUAUGUACAACAGCCACCUGCACAGAUGCCAGUGUAUUACUAUCCAUCGGGCCAGUACCCUACCUCAACAGCCCAACAGUUCAGGCCUGUUGCUUCUGUUCAAUACAAUGCACAGCGAAGUCAGCAUAUACCACAGACCACACAACAGACAGGUUUUCAGGCUGUGUUGCCUAAUCAGCAGCAAGGGUUCCAAGGCCUGAUGGGAGUGCAGCAGCCGCCCCAGAGUCAGAACCUGUUGAACAACCAGCAGGGAAAUCAGGUGCCCAGUGUGAUGGUCCAAUAUCCAGCCAUGUCUUCUUACCAAGUGCCAAUGACCCAGGGUUCUCAAGGGAUGCCUCAACAAUCUUACCCACAAGCUAUCAUGCUACCCAACCAGUCAGGUCAAGGAACACUUCCAGCUACUGGAAUGCCUGUCUAUUGUAAUGUUAUACCUCCUUCUCCACAAAACAACUUAAGGUUGGUAGCACCCCACUGCCCUACCAAUAAUGUACCAGUGAUCCCUGCUAACUGCAGAACAAACUGUACAAGUAUUAGCAGCACUGGAUGGCAGGUCAAGUACUGACACUGUGGCUCUGUGUGAAUAAAAUAAUAUCAAAAUGUAUUUUUGGACAUAGUAACUAUGGCCUUCUGAAUAAAAAGGAAUGUCAGUUGAGGAAAUAGAGUGUUAUGUUCUCAGUUGAUCACUGCUGGUAUUCUGUUUAAAUAAAUAAAUAAAAUUCUAAAAAAUGUUUGCUGGUUUCUGGUGCAUUUUAGUCAUGUCCCUGCUAGGUAUGCCUUUGUAGCUUAGCUGAGUGACAUGGAUUCCCUGAGGUAAGACCUCUCCCUACCACUGAGCACCACUGUGUAGAUUGUAAUACCCCAAUACUGAUUAGUUUUGUACUUUGUGUUGAGUUUGUGAAGCUGAAAAGUAUUACAAUUAUUAUAAUAAAAUACACAUUGUACCAAAGCUGAAAUGGAAAGAAUUGCUGUAUGGAAGGAAUAAUUUAUAUACACUAGAGUUUUUUAUGGAUAUAUACUGUAUUGUAGUGUUUAAUCACAAUAAAACUAUUUGACCUCAUGGGUAAAGGUCACAUU